AUGGACAUUAAAGAGGAAGAGCUGUUGGGAAAAGCACUGGCUGACCUACUGGCAAGUUCUACUGCUGAAGCAGAGUCUAUCAACUUGGGGGAUAGUUUUACUAUCUCAAUGAUCGGGGAUAACCCAACAGUGGAUUUCUCUAAUCUUAUCGUGGAUGCGUCUGAGGCUCCACGUCUGUUAAAAAUGACCAACUUUAAUCCUUUGUCAAAAAUUCUUGAUGACAAUCGUUUGACUGGAUCAAACUAUGUGGAUUGGAAAAGAAGUUUAACAAUUGUCCUCACUACUGAAAAACUGAACCAUGUCCAAACAACUGAUCCACCUGUGCUUCCUGAGGCAAAUGCCACUGAUGAACAACGUGAGGCUGCUAGGAAGUGGCAUGAGGCGGACGAUGUUGCAAAAUGCUACAUAUUGGCCUCAGUGACCAAUGUGUUGCAAAAGCAGCAUGAGGGUGUUCCUACCGCAAAAGACAUGAUGGUUAAUUUGAAAGAAAUGUUUGGGGAACAGAGCAAAAAUAUUGAUGGUGAAACUAAAAUUGAUUCGAUACUUUUAUCUUUGCCAAAUUCUUAUAAUCAGUUUAUUUUGAAUUACAAUAUGAAUAAGAUGAUUGUUGCACCAUCAAAGAUGCUCAAUAAGUUGCAAGCAGCAGAGGAUCUUAUUAAAAAGAGCCAACCCACUAUGAUGAUGAGUGAGAAGGAAGUCCUAGAAAAUUAA